CGGGAAGCGCGAUACACAACAACGCUGCUCACUGGUCGUCAUGGACAAAAAUGGUUUUUGUUAGCAGUGAUUAGACACGAAAUAACUUUUGAAUCAUCAAGUGGAGAGCUAAGGGUGAAUGUCGACUCGUUUUCUAAGAUCCUUGAUUUAUCUAAGCUGAGAACACGAUGCCUGUUGUGAAAUACCCCAGGGCUGCAGAGCCUCUCUGGCAUGAAUGGGACAGGAAAGCACAGAAAGAUGGAUUAAGACAUACAGUCUAUGCUGUAAAUGGGGAUCAGUAUACUGGAGAAUGGUUGGACAACUUGAAACAUGGUAAAGGCACCCAGAUCUGGAAGCACAACGGCGCUAUUUACAGCGGCGACUGGAAGUUUGGGAAGCGGGAUGGGUACGGCUCGUACAGCAUCCCUGACCCCGUGACCAAGGAGUACCUGAAGGUGUACACAGGCUGGUGGAGAAACGACAAAAAAUGCGGCUACGGGACGAUGCUCUACCCCAGCGGGGAGCGCUACGAGGGCGAGUGGAGCAGCGGGCAGAGGAGCGGCUGGGGUCGGAUGUGCUACGGAGACGGCUCCACCUACGAGGGGCAGUGGCUGGCAGACCGGCCGGGCGGGCAGGGGAUGCUGUGCCUGCCAAACAAUGACAGGUACGAAGGAGGUUGGAAAGAUGGAAAGAAGCACGGCCCAGGCAGAUUCUUCUUCUUGGAUAAGGGACAACUGCUUGAAGGCAUCUGGGUGACAGAUGUACCAAAAUGCGGGAUUAUGAUCGACUUCAGCAGAGAUGCAGCUCCUGCCCCCACCCAGUAUCCAAUCCCAAAGAUUGAACUAGCUGAUCCUGAUGGCGUUUUAGCAGAGGCCCAAGUGAUGUUUGAUGACAGCCAGAACGACUAACCAGACGCUGAAGGACAAAAGAUGCAGGAUAAGAACACGAUCUCGGGUUACUUACGUGCCUCAUGCCCAUGCUGCCGUGCGUCGUCUUGUGGUCAGCCUCACCCGUCCCCCAGAACUGCCCCUGUAUGCCUCACUGUGCAGGCAGCUGUGCUUCAGGCCUCCUCCCACCCACCGUUAUUUAAACACGAGCAGCAAUCAAAUAACAACCACUCACAGCAGCAAAAUGUGCUGGGGGAUGCAGCGACUCUUCGCCCAGCUCCUGCUCAUUCCUCCUGCUGCUCACAAGGCCAGUGGCUGCCUGCUGAGGAACACACCGGGCAGCAGGCAAUUGGUUCACCUGAUUUAAACUACGCUCCAGAGUAUCACAUCCUGUUUACAGCUGCGAGGUCCCUUUUCACUUUCUGUCAGCUGGAAGAUAACCUACUUUUCUAUUUAAACACUUGGAAAAGAGCAGUGCACUUAGUGUCAAGAUUUAAACAGUGCUGAUGGGAGGAAAAGCAUUCUGCCAACAUUAGGCUCUUUAUACCUGUGUGAACAGGAAACACCAUCUUUGUAUGACUGCAGUGAGAAGCUGCAUACAUUUCAGAGACCCUCAGCAAUACAGUGGGGAUUAGCACAACACAGGCAGGCAGAGGCAAUGGACGUAGAGAAAAUAAGUAUUUUUAGGCAUCUAGGUAACAAUCAGCAACAAUUGAGUAUAUUUUAUUUCAUUAUCUGAAGUUAUUUUAUAUCUAAAUAAUUGAUAUACAAUAACUGACAUUUAAAAUGCUUGAGGUAAACAUGAAAUACCAUUAGUAUAAAUAAAGAAUAAAAAACAAGCUGAAGUACACUCAGCAUCUGGAGCCAUACGAUCAGGCCUGGUUACUGCCUCAGGCACACAGUUAUGAGACGUGGCCAAGGCACAACUUUUGUGACCAUUUCCACAGCUGGAAAACGAGAGAAACACUUGAUAUCAGAGAUUAAAGUGCAGAAAAUAGUCAGUGAAAUGGCUGGGGCUGACAGCUCCAAUAGGUGAGGACCUACUGGCUUGAGAAAGUUAAAAAAUAAGCUCAUAAUUUUAUAUUUCCUAAACAAAACACUUUCAUUUUGUAAAAGACCCACAAGAUAAAAAGUCCAGAACCCUACCAAGAACAGCAAAUAACUUUACAAAAUAAGCUUGGAUAAUAUAUUUUCUGGACUUAUAUUCAAAAUAAUGUUAGGACUUUUAAAUACAUCAUUUACAGACAGAUGCAUAAUUUUUCAGCCCUAUAGCACCCUUCUGACCAUUUGUUCCAGAACACAUAUCGAGUCAAAUCUGCUUCCUUUACUGCUGUUUUGAGAAUCUCCCCUCCCAGGACGGGACUGGUAUUCCACCGAGAGAUGGGAAAACAAACUCUGUGUCUGCCUCAGUUACUGUGGUUUGGAAUGCUGUUUUCUUACUGCCUUCACUAUCAGAAUCUUUACAGUGCUCCAUGAACAAAUUCCAUGUGAGGAAUCGUAGCCACAGUUCUCACCAUCGAUAGAUUUACACCAGUAUGAGAACACCUGAAACACAACAGAAUGGCAGAGUGGGAGAAAAUCCUGCCAGGCCUCUGUACAGCAGGAGGCCCUGGGAAACUGGUGUGUGGAAAAGAGUUUUCUGCCAGUGGGCAGAGGAUACCCCAAGAAACCUGCUGAAAAAACACCAGGUCCUCUUCUAAUGGCUGUUUUUCAGAACAGAUGCACCACUGUCAACACCUUCCACAUCCCAUAGACUGAAAAUACAUCGGGAUAACCUGAGAUGGAGGCUGGGUGUAAGAGACCACAUUCAGCCCAGGCUCACUCAGGUACAGUUCCCUGUACUGUCACAUUCACCAGUCUGAUUGAAAAACAAACAAACAAACACAACAAAACCACCACAGUUUAUAUUCCACAGUGUUAGCUACAGCAGGAGGUAAAGGUAUGUUCCAUUCGAUUUGAAACCCGUCUCAGUUUGUCUUCAAAAAUGGCUUUGACCCGUUACAAACCAAAGCUUUUCUACACAAGAAUUGCAUUCCAAAGAAAAUCCACUUACAGACAUAGCUGGAAUUACUGCAGCAGCCCAGGACUACUGCUGCAUCCUUCUUGGCCAAACCUCUCACGUGAGAGGCCCAAGGGAAGUUUUAGGUUAAGGAAGAAAUUAAAAAUAAAAAAAAAGACACCAGAGCCUCACUAGCAUAGAUUCAUGUCUGAAAGUAAGCAGCAAUAUUAGUUACAAAUAAUCUACUUUCAUAAAUACAUCUAUGGAGAUUAAAAAUAGCUUCCAGAGGAUCUGGAAGGCAAAAAACAUCUUAAGAAGUUACUAAGGGCAGCACUUCAGCAAGCAGAAGACUUUUUCUAAACAAGGAAGACCAAGGCUUAGCAAUAGCUAAUUACUUGGGAAUCCAAUGCAGAGAAAGCACCUUUUGCAGCUUGUAUCUGAGGAUUUAUUAAAAAUAUAUUUUUAAUAUAAAAGUAUAAAAUAGUUGCUACUUUGACUUGGA